UGUGAAUCCUCUUGAAACUUUGCAAGGAUAACAAAGAAAUUAACACUCCAGCUUCUACAACACACCCGAAGGUGAGAUCCAACCAUUAUAGACAUUUAUAUUCUUUUUUGAGUACUCAAGGUUGUACUUGCAAUUUUUCAAUUUUUUUUUCUUUUAAACAUUUUCUUGUUUUUUUUUAUUUAUUUUUUCCUUUUUUUGAAAAACAGAAGGUGUCAUUUGUUCUAUCUACUAUAAAGAGUUAUGGAUACUACACAACACUUAAAUAUGUUGAAAGAACUUCUGGGUUAAUCAAUCUGAAAAAGGACUUUAGAGGAUGUUUUUCUUGCUUAUAUUUAUCUGGCAGGUGAUUAGGAAUAUGGUAAGGAUUGAGUGUAUGUAUUUUUUAUUCGUUUGCAUUUCCCUGUAUGGGGUGGAGAGAUGUGGUAGAUACCACUUAUAUAGAAGUGAUUCCUUUUUUUGAUGAGAGAUAUGAAUUCAAAAUCUCUUUGAGCAUCUAUUAUUGGAGUGCAGUGUCAGUGUUUAUAUUUUUUUUCAAGGAAUUCUGCCACUUUAGGCAAAAGUCCAUUUUACUCCUUUCUUGUGAUAUCGUUCCAUUGCGUCACAAGUUUAUUCACUAAACACCAAAAGGAAACAUUCCACUGUUUUUUUUUUUUGUUUGUUUUAAAGAAUUUAUUAGAUAUACUCCCAAAGAAAUGAUGCUUUUAUUCUGCAUUUUUUUCUGCAUGCCCCCAGUCUGUGCUUGCUAAUACUUCAAUCAGAGGCUUCAUUGGGAAGAAGCCUCUAUGCUGGAGCUGCAAGUAUUAAUAAUAAUAAUAAUAAUAAUAAUAAUAAUAAUAAUAAUAAUAAUAUUUUUAUAUAGCGCCAUCAAAUUCCGCAGAGUUUUUUACAAUGGGUGGACGAACAGACAUGUAGUUGUAACCAGACAAGUUGGAUACACAGGAAUAGAGGGGUUGAGGGCCCUGCUCAAUGAGCUUACAGGCUAGAGGGAGUGGGGUAAAGUGACACAAAAAGGUAAGGAUAGUAUUACACUAGUGACAGUUGCAGAAGAGGAAUCAGUCAGGAGCUAUUAACAGUUUAAUUGAUACGCUUUUAUGAAGAAGUGGGUUUUUAACGAUUUUUUUUUUUUUUGAAGGAGUGAAGACUGGGUAAGCAUCUAACGGGGGAGGGAAGCGAGUUCCACAGGAACGGUGAAGCCCUCGAGAAAUCUUGAAGGCGAGCAUCAGAGGUGGGAGAAGAUCGAUAGGUAGGAGCACCAUUAUGUAGAGAUUUGAAAGCAAGAACCAGAAUUUUAAAUUGAGCUCUAUAUUUUAGAGGAAGCCAAUGUAGGGUGAGGAAUGGGAGGUGCGGGCAGACAGGAAGAUGAGCCUCGCUGCCACAUUCAUUAUGGACUGUAACGGCGCAAGUUGGGAGCACAUAAGACCACUGAGAAGCGGAUUACAGUAGUCAAAGCGAGAAAGGACAGUGGAAUGGACCAACACCUUAGUCGCAUCUGGCGUUAAGUAGGGGCGGAUGCGCGCAAUGUUUUUGAAAUGGAAAUGUCAGGAUUUGGUAAGUAUGCACAUGCACUCUCGAUCAUGGCUUAUCAAUGUUUCCCAUUAAGUUCUAUUGCAGCUCAAUGAGAAGGGGGGGGGGGGGAGCAGGUACAAGCUAAUACUUCUAGUCUGACUCUUCUGUUAGCUCUGGGGAACUAAAGGAAGUGCAAGAAAACCUGGCUGUGUUGACAGACAGAGAGGUGUUUUUGCCGCCAAUUAUAAAAAGACCGAUUUCUAUUGAAGUCAUAAUUUUUAAAAACUGCCACCAAGAAAAAUGACUCUCAUACUCACACACUGCCAUAGGAAAUGGGGGAACUGUAGGAAGAAGCCCAUUCAGUGAGUGUGGUACUUCCUCUGCUGCCAUGUUUCCAGUUCCUGUCUGUGGUCCCUCCCGCAGUCCAGGAUCAGGACAGGGGGAAGCUCUUGCCCUCCUCUUCAAAGGGCAUGCUGUUUGGACUGGAAGGAGGGGACAUGGGCAAGUUGGGGAGGCGGAGGUAGAAUAUUUGGGGCUGUGUAAGGCCAAGUUAGUUGUGGGAGGGACGGGAAUUAUGUAUUUUGGGUAGGCAGAGGCAGGGUUACAAUUAUAGCAUCAAUGCUCUGUUGACAGCAUUUGAAGUUGCAGAAUUACCAGGAAGGGAAGAGAGCAGGAGCAGAGAGGGGUGGGCGCUGGCAGGUUUGUCAUAGGGGAGGCGGGUUUCUGUAAUUGCAGCAUGUUCUCAUUUGUGGCCGAACCAGAGGAGCGUUACAGCCCCUGCGGAUGCCCCCUCUUGGAGAGCACCCUAGGCCACUGCCUAUUUGGCCUAAUGGAAGCGCCGGCCCAGUGCUUCCAGCACAUGAAAUUAAAGAACUAACGGUUCAUUUGUCUGCACCCACUGGAUCAAUCAAAACAUUUGCCAUAAUAAAUCAUAUUAUCAUGGGCAGCUGGUUUAUCCUUUUUUUUUUUUUUCUUUUUUUUUUACGUUUAUAAAUUGUUACUUUGUCAAGCAUUUUCUAAAUUUAGCUAGUUACAUUUAUACGAUUUGUUACAAUAAUUUAUCUAUAGAUCCAAAAUUAGAAAAUGCAACAUUUAGCUGGUUAUAGUUAUAAAGCUAGAUAUCUGCUUGCUAGUAAGUUAGAUAAAUAAUUAAAUAGAAAGCACAACAAAAGACAAAGAUCCACAGCACAGAUGCAAAACCAAAAUAAUAGAUUGUAAAAAAAUUCCAGAUAUUAAACUACAUUCAAUACUCAACCAACAGGUAACGUUACAUAAACUUACACUGAUUUAUACAACAUAAGAAACAGAAAUGUGGAACACUAACCAUAACUAUAACCUGUGUAUAACAGAGUUUGGUGAUAAAGGUCCCUGUCAAGCACAGUGGGCAUGAUAUUUGUCAUGGCAUUGCUAGGUUUAACCUGAGGUUUUUUUUAAUUUUAUUUUUUGGUUUUUUUUUUGGCACCCAAGGAUAACUCUUUUUUGUGUAUCUAGCAUUUUUUGACUGUUUUAGCAGAAAAAAAACUCUGGUUGAAAGAUAAUUGCUGGUGCUGUGUGAUUUAACACAGUUAACCCUUGCAAUGCCUGCAACCAGAACUUUGUAAUAAAAUGUUAGGCGGUCAAACAGAUAAGAAUAAAGUGAAUCAAAGGGUCCACAUCAGUAAUUUUAAUAAACCAGGUAUCAUAAUUAAGUCAGAGGUGGCUGGCUUUGCAGGAAACCGAGAAAAGACUGAGAACUCAAUGUCAGCCCAGGCAAACAGUUAACACCUCUCGGGCUUUAGUGAUAUUUAUAGUAGAGUAAGUUAUGUGUUUUAGCUUAAGUCACAUUUUGUUUAACCCCUUAAGGACCAAGCUUCUGGAAUAAAAGGGAAUCAUGACAUGUCACACAUGUCAUAUAUCCUUAAGGGGUUAAGAACUAAAUUUUGUAUUUUGUGGAAUUCUCUGCCUGAAGAAGUGGUUUUAUCAGAGUCCAUACAGAUGUUUAAAAAGCAACUAGAUGCAUACUUGCAAACACAGAAUAUUCAAUUAUAUAAUUUUUCAACUGUAGGGUAAUAACUUCUUGAUCCAAGGAAAAAUCUGACUGCCAUUCUGGGGUCAAGAGGGAAUUUGUUUCCUAGUUUGUUGCAAAAAUGUUUAAUUCUUUAUUUUGUUGUGCUUAGAAUCACAGUACAGGCUUGUCUAGCCACAACAGCAUCCACAAGCUGAGUUAUAACAUCUUUGUUUUGCUUGGCAUUUUAAUUAACAGCACAUUUUUUGUUUUAUGAAAAACACAUUGUAAUAACAGGUUGGUUAACAUUAGUUAUAUAUUAAGUCGCAUGCAUGUAGAAAAUUUCUUGUCUGCUAGGUUGCUUUGUACAGGAAACAAUAUAAAGGACAUUGUAAGUACAGUUGUGAGCACUUCAUACACAUCUUAGUAGGUCUAUCUAUCCUAAAUUUAGUGUUUAGCUGGUGUUUUUAUGUAGGGCUGGCACGUAGCGUGUGAGUUGCUUUCUAGCUGUGUGGUGUUAGCCUGCUUGGGAAUUGUAGUAGGUGUUUAAGGGUUAGAUAGAUGCCAUUGGACGUAUGGGCGGUGACAGACCCUUCCCCCUCACAUUGCUUGCAUGCUGGUGUCAUUAGGCUUAUUAAUUUUGAGGUUUGAGGUGAUGUAAGUAAAGCUUUUGACCCGCUGGGUAUCGGUUAACAGUGAGGUGUGUAUCUAUUCAGAUCUGCUUUGCAUGUCUUAUGAGCUCGUAAAGUGCCUACUAACGCUUGUGUCAGGGAAGCCAUCCGCCUAUAUGAGUGAAGUUAUUGCUGCAGUUGGAGUAAGAUGUGCCCUUCUCCUUCCCAUUCCACCUAGUAAGGUAACCGAGCUAAACUUGUGCCGUGAGUGAUCUUUAAGGGUCAGAGCAUACCCACGGAAUUACAUUCGUCUAUGUUGUUCAGCCAGGUUCAUGCUAGGGACAAAACCCACAGGAGUUGGCAAUUAGUGGUACUUUGCAAUAUGUUAUUAGGGUAGGAAUAAGAAUAAAAUCUGGUCUGAGUUGGAAGUUAAAGUAUAAAACUGUGGGGCCACCGGAUUCCGGGGGCACCCCUACAUCACAGUACCUGUUCGUCUACUAUUCUACCCCUUUGCGUUAUUGGCAAGAAAGAAAGGUAACGUUUAAGGCUCAGACAGAAGAAAUAAACAGAAAAUCGCAACAUAUUUACACAUGGGCCAGCGGGUAUGCGUGUUAGGAAAUGAACCUCAGUCUGAUUCCAGGUAGAUAGUGGGACCAAAGGUGAAGAUUUAAAAAAAAUUUAAGUUUAAAUGAAAUUAAAGUCAAACUUGAACUCCGGCUCAGUGUUUUUGUAGUCCAGUGGCCUUGCCGGCCUGCCGCCCUGCUGUCUCCCCUUCCUCUCAGGUGUCCGUUGGCUGACGGCCGACCCUUUGUGCUUUGAACGCUGUAGAAGGUGAUGCGGCGGCUCCGUUCGGCUGGAACGGUCGGACUUUAGACAUGUCCCAUAUGUGAGGGGGUUGUUGUCUCGGGACCUGGGUGGUUUGUAUUGGGUGUUGCGGUAGCCCCAGUGCGGUGAGUACCGAUUCCAUCUCUUCGCCUUCUGUUAUGCGGGUUGUCGCACCCCCAUGGGAGAUGACCAGGUUCCUGGCGGUAAGGGAUGGAGUGUUGGCGGAGUGUAGUGGUCAGCGGUUUAAGCCGGCUUCUCCAGAGUAAGGUGGGUCUGGACAAGUCCUGGUAGAAGGACAGGGUGGUGUUUUCAAAUGGAAUAGUGGCUUUCCCUCUCACCGCUUCCAUGAAGGUGAGUUGGGCCGACCGUGUCAGGAGUUGCAGUAUGACAUCUCGUAAGGGUGUCUGCCGGUGCUCUGGCAGCCCUUGGUAUGCGGUAGACCCCAUUGACUGUGGCUGUUUUCGCCUGUUGUGGCGUGAGUAAAGAGGUAAGGAGCCUCCUGAUGUAUUGUGGUAAGUCCCCGGGGGCCACCGUCUCUGGAAUACCCCGGAUCUUAACGUUCCUGCUCCUGUGCUGGUCCUCCGUAGUAUCCAGGUGGCUGUUAAGCUGAGACUGGGUGCGCUGCAAUUCUGCGUUGUGGGCUUUUGGCUGCUUGUAUCGUGCAGUGAGACCCUGCGAGUCUUCCUCCACAGACUUGACUUGUUCCUCCACGCUGUGUAUUUCUUCUUGCAGCAUGGCGAUGUCUGCUGCAAACAGUUUGCGGAUGUGGCAGAGAAGGACUUUGAUAUCCCCUUUCGUAGAGGGCAGCUCGUUAUCCUCAUCGGAUGAGGGGUGGUGCAGUCCCCCUGAGUGUGGGAAUUCAUCUAGCUCGUCCAUCGCUUGUUCCUUGGAGGAGGCAGAGGCCGUGUCGCCAUGUCGUUUUGGCGCGUUGAGGCUUGAGGCCUUUGCGGGCCGAAGGAAGGGGUCUCCAAUGUCUUGUGCCCCUGUCGGUUUCGCAGCCCCCUGAUGUUUGUUCUUCUUCCCCAUCUUGAUUUAUUGCGAUGGUGGUCGAAAUAGGGUGUUUUGAAAGGGGUUAUUUUGCUGUUUCAGGCUUAUUUUGUCUGCUGAAGCACGUCUAUCUUUGUUGCAAAAUUGGAAGUGAUUCAAACUGUUUUUUUUGUUUUGUUUUUUUGCCUUCUUUUGAAUUAACAGCAAAAAACAAAUGUGAGGAAGGCUGAACUUGAUGGACACAUGUCUCUUUUCAGCUAUGUAACUAUACUUUUCUAUGAGAAAGCAUUGGAUUGUCUGAUAUCAUCAAUAAAGAUGAUUUCCAUCAAGGGGACAGGACUUUUUUUUUUUUUUUUCUAAUCCCUGCAGGUGGUAGCCUGGGACCUAAACAACCAACAGGGCUUUAUAGCGUUAGGAAUACACAUUUGUAUACCUAACACUAUAGUUUUCCUUUGCUAGUAAAUUUGAUCAAGUAAAUAUUAUUUGUAUUAUUACUAUUAUUAUUAUUAUUAUAACAAAACCAUACCUCUGAAGAUCGCAUUCCUCCAAAAAUGUAAAUGUAUUGUGAGGCAGCAGGAACUCUACACUAAACAUUAUGGAUUCCUGUGCCACACUUAGAUAAUCUGAUCUAGUAGAUAAAAAGAAUGAAAGGGCCUGGAGGCCAGCUUCAUAUGGAAUGGAAACAACUUGCAAAAGAUGAAUUUCUCUUGCAUGGAGCCUUUGCAAACCCUUCCCUUCUUCCCAAGCUCAGAUGCUCGAGGCUGUCCAUCACAGAAUUUCCACGGUAGAUCAAUGAGAAGUUUUACAAGGCAGAUGCUCUGGGCAAUUGCUGUCUCUUGAGAUGAACUCCACCGAGCUAACCAAACCAGGAAGUAACAGGACAUGUUGUCUGCUGGAAAGCCAGUUGGGUGUAACUAGGUUAAUUUACAAAAUUGCCAGCUUCUAUUGAUAUCUGCACUAUUUGUAAAAUGAUAAAAGAGAACACAAAGCUUAAGUGCUGUAGGCGUAGUGUCCCUUUACGAAUGCCCUCUUCUGGUAGACUCUCUACCAAAGACCCAAUAUCUAAGACUAAAAUAUGCUCAACAGUCUAGCAGGACAGUUUCAAUCAAUCUUCAGUUCAUAGUAAAACAUCAUCAUCUGGAGACUUGGUUUACAAAUGAAACAUUUUUUAUUCCUUAUUUAAGACUCCAUUAGACACUGCCCACUAAACCAACUGUAAUGAAGACUGUCGGAUUCCAUAGAAGAUGUACAUUUGCUUUGAAAGUUGUGUUUUAGCUUCCUGUACAUAGUAUUCUUGAUUUGGGAAUACAAACUUACCCCCAACAUUUUUUUUUUUCUUUCAACAAUAUAUUUUGAAAGGGUUCUUCAAUGACACCUAUUCUUUAAAUUUGUAAUUAUUCAUUUUCGUUAUUAUAUCUGUUUAAAUGUUGUCAUUAGUUUAAUUUCUUCACAUUCUUGAAAAAUUAUUAUUUGUGGAGUUUUAGUCUUAAAAGGAUGGGAUCAUUCAUAACAAUAUUCUUCUCCUGAGUUGUCCUGCUCGAAGAGCUUCAGUAACAAAGUUACAAAAAGUAAAGCAAUAUACUUUGUUAAAUCUGUCCUCAAUUAUUUUGCAACAACCCCUUGUGGUGAUAAAUCCACUUAUACCUUCCCCAUAUCUGAAACUGGUAAAUGAAUGGCUUCAGUUUGAGCUGAUGGAUUCAGUUUGGUAAACGUUUUGUUUUAAUUGAGAAAAAAUUCGUGACAGUAAUGUCUAUUUUAAAUGGUAUUAAUAGAGAGACAGUGUGCACUUACAGAGAAAUGGUUACAUUAAGAACAUCGACUUACUGAAGUGUCAAUGUAAGAAUGUCCUUACUACUUCUACAGGAUGCGCCCUCUGUCCACACUGAGCAUGCGCAAAGAACUCGUGACUCUUCCGUAAUGAUUACAGCUUGAGUCGCGUCUGGUUUCCUAGCAACCCUGGCAGGCUGACCCUCGAGAGAGAACGCGGAGGGAAGUUUUAGCUUUGUUGGCAACUAAAGAUUGUGGUGAGGAGAACCGAGACAAACCCAUCUCAAACUUAAAGGUAUGGAUGGAAAUAUAUGUGUAGCUUCGCGCCUCCCUGCUUAUAUAUUGGCUUAGAACUCUAUAAACGGCGGUUUGUCGCCCGGUGAGUCUUUUAAUCGGAGUAAAUGCUGGAGAAACCGGUGACCGGUGCUGGUGGACUAGUAAUUAUAUCUAAAACACUGGGGCUCAUCCAUAGCUUUUGCAUAAGCUGUGUGGUUACAUUUGUUUAUUGAUAGAGAUAUUGUUUUUAAUUUUUUAUAGCAGGUUCAGACUAUUCUUGAUAUUUUAUGUUUAUUACUUCUUAUUUGUUUCUACCGAAUAAACAUUGGUUUAUUUGCAAUUCUAAUUAUUUUAGGUAUUGUUGAUUGGAUAAGCGCCCACACUGUAUAUCAUUUUUGAGCUAACACUCAGUGAUAGUCGCUGGUGAUCGUGUGGAGCUGCCCUUUUUUAUGUAUUGCACCAUUGUUAUAUAUUCUCAUCCAUAGCUUGCAGAGCGCUCUGUUUGUUUACACGGUGCUAUUCCCCAUGGAUACAACGCCUACAGAGCAGUCAGGAGUAGCUAACAUAUAGCUAGCUGUUGCAGCCACUAUGAUCCAUAUUCUCUGCUUUAGAGCAUGGCCCAGUGGUAAAUUAUGUUUAGCCCACUGACCGAAAACAUGCCCUCUAAAAGUGACCAUAGGAAGUACCCUUUUGGUACCUGAAACCUCUGUUCCAAUGUUUGUUUGGGAGAAGGGAAAUGUUCCAGAUUUGACUUCCAAUCAAAAAAAUAACCCCCCCCCCCACCCCCCCAACAAUGUUAUUCACCAAUCGGUGUAUUAUCAGGAUUUGAAAGAGAAAAUAAAAUUUCAAACCAAGUCCGAUUGGGAAAAAAUCUCCAAGGCACCUAUGUUUACAUUUUGGCAUGAAUUUCAAAUUCUCUUUCAAUGUUGGUGACUAAACUACUGAAUUGUAGCAAAUUAAAAUUCAAAAUGGAAUGAUUUCGUAUCAAAAUAGCUGUUGGGAAAGAGUCUCUUACCUCAGUGAAAGUGACAGCACGGUGAUAGUGUCCUCUUUUUCUGUUUGAAGAAUUCUUGGCAAUUCACCUUUUAUUGUACAUACGUCUUGCUCAAUUGACUUACAAGCAUGAUAUCUUCGGUUCUUUAAAAAAAAAAAAAAAAAUACAUAAUGAUUGUAUUCACAAUGGGGUGAUUUAUAAAAAGUGAUUUGUUUUCACAUUAGUCUAGAUGCCCCUCUAACCAUACAGAUUUGUUAAAAUACUGUGAUCCUCAAAGCCACUUCAAUAAUUAUUUUAAUAAGUAUUGUUACGUUCACAUAUUGUAUUUAAAGCUUAAUCUAUCGUGUAUUAAAGUAGUACUGGAUGCCCACAAUGUGCUUACACCAGAAGUCCUUUCAGGGAUUUAAUUCUAGCAUAGAUUCAAUAACGGAAUCUAUGCAAGAAUGAAAUCCCUGGUAGAAGUGUAAACUAAAAAAUUUAAACAAUUACAUUUUGCAGAAAUGGCUCUGUUUUCAACUAAAAGGCUGACAGGACAGCAUCUACGCCACAUCAUCUCUUUAUUUAGAUUAAGUGAUUUAAAGGAACACUAUAGCGCUAGGAAUACAAACUUGUAUUCCUAAGUGUGCCCUCUUCUUAACUUAUUUGGUUCCCUUACAACUCCGCUCAGGAAAUGGUUAACAAACAUUCUACCGGAUGUGGGGCCUGGCCACCAUACUAGCAGGCGAAGCUCCUGUACAAAGAGGCCUAUUUUGCUGAUAACAGCCAAAACCUUAACCAUCCAGCGACAGAUAAUCGUGAUAUAUUUGACAAACAACUGCAGGAGCUGCCUAUACAUCUAGGAAAAAAAGUGAUUUUUGGAGUUCUUUAGAGGGAGAGCUCCUGCUCCUGUGACUGAGGCCUACUUGGACAGUGAGCAGGGUGGCCGGCCUGCUCUUUUGCCCAGGGGAAUCACACGGGCUCUACGACACUACAUCUUGCUGGCCCCGUUACCUCCCCCUUUGUACUGGUGGGGGUUAUCCCAGUCCCCACUGGGGAAGCAGCCGCACUCACCUGCAUCUGCAACGGAAAAUAUCUGUACACAGAGGCACUUAGGCCUGCUUUACAUGAUGACGGUGCAACAACACGUAGCUAAUUCAACCACGCAACUAGCCUCUGACCUCACCAAAUACAACUGGCUGUUCGAGCAAUUCUGUGAGAUGUUGCAUCAGUGAGCGAAGGCACAUUUACCUCUCUACCAUCGACAAGCUGAAGACCAGCACCCUCAGAACAUCUGGAAGAAUUUAGAUUUACUCCAGUAACUGGGCGGCAGAAGCGCCAUCCACCAAACUGGGUGGAUGCCACCCUCUAUGCCCACACUCACGGAGGGUAUUGCAACAGAGGCGUCAGCAACGUCCAAAGCCGCGGCUUCCCUGGAAAAAGGCCCUGGAUUUUGUUAAUGUCUGGGACAGUGGAGCUGGAGUGCAGGUUCCUGUGAAGGCCAGAGGCUUGCGUGAUGUGGUUCUGGGGUUCUCAUGGGGCUCCUGUGAACAGAUCUAGACCUAUGUGCCAUUGCUUAGCGAGGGGAUUGGCUAAUUUAUAAUCGUUGCUGCCCGUCUGACAGGCUCUCUCUAUAUGCACCUGUUUAUUAUACUUUUUUUUUGUGCUUGUCUCUACAUAGUGCCACCGAUUCUCAGUCAAAUUACUUUCAUGCCAACUUAUUGAGAUGUGGGGCACCUAAGUAGUUUAUAUACGCUCAUUCGUGUUAAUCGUUACUCUAAUAUGCCUACAUUUACCUAUGUUUUUUCAAGCUGGAUAAUACAAUUGUCUUUUUUAUAAUAUCAGUUAACAUUGGCUGACAAGCCUGACUAAUCAGCUACAUGUCUAACACCCUGUUUAUUUUUUCAUAAGAAUGCAUAUCUUGAUUUUAAUUUGUACCUAGACAUGUAUGCCCAGCAUGAAUACUCUUAUUCCUACUUUAAAAUUGUGCAGUUUAGCAUGACAUUUUAAGCUUUAGCUAUAUGCCUGUUUUUCUCUUUCUGUUUUUACAUCAUAUGUCAUUGCCACUCUGUCUGUACCACUGCACUGCAAAACACUUGUGAUGUGAAACUCUCUUUAAAAAAAAAAAAAAAAAAAAGUCCUGUCUGUUAUAUGCAAUGACUGUCACAUUUACUCUUAUAAAUAUAUAUGUCAGAUAUGUCAGUAAAAGUUUGUAUGUCUACCUAUGCACUACAAAAAUAAAGAAAUAUAAAAAAAAAAAUUGUCAUUCUCCCCACCUCCCCCACCCACCCAACAUACCUCUUUCCAAUGCCAAGAUCACCUCCCAUGGCGUCAUGUCAAAUGAGGGAACCUAAUUCACAUUAGAGCUUCGCCAUUGAUUCAGUGCUUUCCUAUGGGCAAUUUGAAGACAUUAGACGCCCUCAUGCAAGGAGUCCAAGAAGUGUCUCUAGUGGCUGUCUGGAAGACAGUUGUUAGGUCAUGUUAACCCUACAAUGUAAACCUUGUAGGGUUAAGGGGACAGAGGCACUGCACCCAGACCACUUCAAUAGAUGAAGUAUUCUGGGUCUCUAUAGUGCCCCUUUAAGUGCUUAAACUGUUUAAUGGGAGUUUGCUGUGUAUCUCAAAUCUUUUUAAUAAUGGUGCUCGAGCUCACAAUAUAACACAUAUAAACUUAAAACUGUCUUUUUUUUUUUUUUUUUCAGGAAAAGAUGAGUUUAGAGCAGCAACAAUCAUUUGAACAUUCUAUGCCCCCUCCUCAAAUUUAUGUGGAAAGAACAUUAGCUCUUAUAAAACCUGAUGCCCUGCAAAAAGCAGAAGAAAUUGAAAACAUAAUUCUCAGAUGCGGAUUUUAUAUAAUUCAAGUACGUUUACAUUUCAGCUGAUGUUUGUAGUUGUUAAACUACCUUGUUGAAUAUAAUAAUUUAUAACAAUAUAUGGCAUGUGGACCACCAUUAACAUUGCUUCUAAUUUUUGCCCUGGCGCCUGGGAUUUGAAGCUCUUUAGCUAAAGGCAGGAUGGGGCAGCACAGGAGGGAGCAGUAAUCUUCCUGUAGCUCCUGUCUGCUCUUUCGCGAUAUAUAGUGAUGCCGGGAGCUGGAAUAUGACGUAAUUCCCUGGCAUCACUACAGGGAGCAGAGAGGAGCUGCAGGUAGAUUACUGCUCCCUCGCACACGGGAUGAGCGAGCAGCCCCACUGGACCCCAGGGAAAGGAGGCUGGGUGGAUUAAAUUGGAAAAUGUUAAUUUGUUUGUGUGUACGUAUGUCAGUGUGUAUAUGUCUCUCUCUCUCUCUCUCUCUCUCUCUCUCUCUCUCUCUCUCUCUUUAGGUACCUGCACCCCUACGAGAGAGGUGUUUUUACUCACCUCCUUUCCCAUGCCGUGCCAGUUUUCCGUGGCUUGUCCUGCCUUUAAGAUCUCAGCUAAAUCAAUACUUUCCUAAAGGAAAGAGAGAGCGUGGAAAUGCUGAACAAAGGUGCUGUGCACUCUGCAGCACUGACAUAGGACUCUCUAGUGGCCGUCUGAGUGACUGUCACAAGAAGUGCUACUAGGCAGCAAUGUAAACUCUGCCUUUCCUCUAAAAAAGCAGCAUUUACAUUGAAAAGGCUACAGGGACAGGCUAUAGGCACCAGAACAACUAUAUUAAGCUGUAGUGGUUCUGGUGACUAGAGUGUCCCUUUAAGAAUUGUACCUUUCUCGUAAAUUAAACUUUGCUAGUUUGAAAAAAACAAAAAAAAAAACUGGCUCCUAGAUUCCAAAUAAAAUUGUCAAGCCCUGCCCUACUGGUCCCUUUGCCCUCGUAAAUAUAGUAAAAUCUUACUUUUAUUCCAGUCUGCUGCUGCUGAUCUGCCUCCUUGACUGACACCAUCAGACGUGGUGAUCUGAGCUGAUUACAAUACUUUCCAAUAGGAAAGCAUUGGAUUGGCUAAGAUUGUCAAGGAGGCAGAUCAGGGGGCAGAGCUAGCUCUAGCCAAACACAGCCCUGGCCAAUCAGCAUCUCGUCAUAGAGAUGCAUUGAUUCAAUACGUCUCUAUGAAGAAAGUUCUGUAUCUCCAUGCAGAGGGUGGAGACACUGAUUGUCCAUUCAAGACACUGUGCAGCACUGCCCCAGGAAGCCCCUCUAACAGCAAUCUGAGGAGUGGCCAGUGGAGAUAUCUCUAGGCUAAAUGUAAACACUGCCUUUUAAAAGGAAAUAAAUUUAAAAAAGUGUUUACUGCCAAAAGCCUGCGGGAACUGAUUAUACUCACAGAACAAAUACAUUAAGCUAUAGUUCUGUAGAUUUUCUGGUGACUAUAGUGUCCCUUUAAAUAUUUUAAAUCUUGAACCUUUUAAGGAUCAGGAAAAAAAUAUUUAUACAACAGUGUGUUUGGCAUUCCAUCGAUCCUGUAAAGAGUUAAAUCCUAGUUGUGACAUUUUCUUCUGUAAUAACCCUUUUCAAAACUAACUAAGGCUAUGUAAAUUCGAGAGUUAUUUUACCUUAUGGGCAUUUAUCCUGAUUUUAUUAUCAGAAUGUUAGUGAGCUUCCAAUGGUGUGUAAUUUGCUUACUAAGUUUAUCUAACAUUGAAACUACACAUAGUGAGGACUGACAAAGAGGAAGAGUUUACCUCUGGAAUUAAUCAAAGGGACACUAAGCAUCAAAGCUAAUUUAGCUUAAUUAAGCAUUGUUGGUGUAUAUAUCAAGCCCUGUAGUCUCACUGAUCAAUUAUUUGCCAUUUAGGAGUAAAAGGGUUACUCCAACACUGGAAAAAAAAAAAAAAAAAUUCCAUGCACAAUGCCCUAUUGGGCAUUAUUCUUUAGGUUUACCCCCCCACCCCCCUUAACCCUAAAAUAAAGUUAUAAAAUUAAACAAUAACUUACCUGAAAUCCAGUGCUUGCGUGGCUUUACACUCUCCUUGUGACGUUGCUACCGAUGUUGCAUGGUCCAAUCAAAACUCUGUCUCGAGGUCCAAUGAAAACUUUGUGAGGUCCAAACAAAUGCUCCAAACAAACACUGUUUCUCCAGCUCUGUGUGCUUGCACACGCUCUCAGCCAGUAAGGGGAGAGAGUGGCAAGGGAAUAAAAAAAAAAAAAAUGGGGGGCACACAGGAAAAUUAGAAUAAUAUUAGAAGUUAGUUAAUCAAAGGGACACUCUAUUAAUUUCUGCUUAGAGAAUCAGCCAUGUCACGAAGCAGGAAAAAAUUGCUGAACAAACACAGUACAAAUGCCAAAUUGACUCUAUUUUUCAACAACAACCUGUGUAUAUUUUCAGAAACGUAAAAUUCAUCUAAUCCCUGAACAAUGUAGUGACUUCUACUCAGACCAAUAUGGAAAAAUGUUUUUUCCUACUUUGACUGCUUACAUGAGUUCUGGACCAAUAAUUGCCUUAGUACUUGAAAGGCACAAUGCAAUUUGUUAUUGGAAGGAACUAAUGGGACCAUCAAAUAGCUUGAAGGCUAAAGAAACCCAUCCUGACAGGUAUGUGAUAAAAAAAAAAGUUUUUUAUUAUGAGGUUUAUUAAUGUUCACAAUACGUGCAUAUAAUGCAAUAUUGGUAGAUAAAUUGGGCAAUUGUUGUAAACAAAGAUAUUAAACAGUAUGUCACAUAGGCGUGCGCAGCCUAUUGCAUUAGGGUUUGCACCCUAAAGCAGAAACACACGCCGUGUGUGUGUGUGUGUGUGUGUGUGUAUAUAUAUUUAUUUACACGUGUGUGCUGUGUGAGGGUGGUUUGAGAGUGCGGUGUGUGAGGGUGCUGUUAGUGUGAUGUGUUUGUGAGGGUGCUGUGUGUGAAGGUGCUUUGUGGGUGCUUUCUGUGUAUGGGUGCUGUAUGUGUGUAGGUGCUGUGCUGUGGGUGAUUGUGAGGGGUGGAGGUGGGGGUACAUUACUUAAUAUCCCCCCUCCCUUAUUACCUUAUAUAUGGAGGGGGAUCGUGCUGCUGCCAUCCCUGGUGGUCCAGUGGAGAGUGAACUCUAGCCUGUGGGGCUAGAGUUCACUCUCGCGAGAUCUGAGCGUUGCCGUGGCAACACUCCAACCUCGCGAGAGGAACCCGGCGGAGCUGCUGGUUAAGCUCCCCGGGUCCUCUCCUGCCUCCCUCCAUGCUGCUGUGGGGAGGGAGUCUUAGAGCAGAGCCAGCGCUCGGAUAGCACUGGCUCUGCAUGAGCCGACAGGGGAGAUCCUGAGAUCUCCCCUGCCGGUCUCAAUACAUAGGCAUGCCACGGGGAUUAGGGUGUGCCCAGGCACACCCCGUGCGCACGCCUAUGGUAUGUCAGUGAUUUGUUGCCAUACUUUUACGUUAUUUUACAUUACUUUCACAUGUUUUGUUAUAUGCUUGUACAGUUGUUUAAUUUAGGCCGUAGUGCAUAACGUGAAGACUACAAUUUUAGUAUUAGUAAAGUAGCUAACAAAUAGGCAAGCAGUAGGUGCGAUAAGGUAAGGUUAAAGAGGAUGAAACAGAGUGAAGGGGGGGGGGAGGUCAUCUGAGAGUUACACCUUCGAGCCCCUUUAUGUAUCCACAUGAUGUUUGGGGGCUAUAAAGUUGGUGUUUUGUUCUGUCAUAUUAUCCUAUGUUAUGUUCGGUAACCGUGUUUGGUUGUAUGAGAGCAGCUGUCAGAUUGUCUGCGGUUCGUCUAUUUGGUUAAGGUUUGUGCUCAAAUAGCUAUCUACAUGUCCCAAGCCGCAUUCCAGUAGGUGUGUUUGGUCAAGGUCGUUCUGGCUUUGCGGUAAUACAGUUUUGGCUAUAUUUUGUAUGCAUGCUUGAAAGGAUGGGAUCAUGGUGGAAGCCCAAUUCCUGCUAAUUACCUAAAGUUCUGCUACAGUGAUGUGGUACGUGAGGUAUUUAACAUCUUGUGUUAAUGUGAAUGGGAAGCAUAACAGUACGUAAUGUUUUAGUUUAUGUGGAAGUGUCAUGCCAGUGCAUGAUCGGAUGCUAUAUGCAACAUCUUUCCAAAAAUUGGAGGGAAGUGGGCAUGACCACCAGAUAUGGACCACAGUCCGUUUUGUGUCUUUGCAUCUCCAUUUGUUCUAUUCCCUCCCAUAUGGGCAAGCCUUGUUGGUACCAGGUACCAUCUGUAGUGGAAUAUCCUUGUCAAUUCAACAUGUGUGGUACACAGCGUGCAUUUUUGGUAUGAUUGGGUAAUAUGCUCCCUAUUUUGUUCUGUAUGAAUUUCCUCUAUAUCCCUCUCCCAUGCCUUUAUGAACUUGCAGGAUGUGAUAUCAUUACUAAGAUGGAUGGCUGAGUAGAUUUUGGAUAUGAGCUUUUUGAUUGGUUUAAUUUUUUUUUUUUUUUUUUUGUGAAUAUGAUUUUUAUUCAUUUUGUGUAUUUAAAUUUGCGGUGAGACGCGCAGGUCUCCAUUGCAUGUUAUUAUAAAAGGUAACAAAUUAGGCUCGCAGGCCCCAUCACAGAAGGACUCGCAGGUCCCCAUUUUCUGGUAUUUACAUUUGUUUGGGACUAUAAGUUAAGUAACGUUUUCAUGAACUGAGUGAACAUAAUGCUUUGUAAUCGUCCUUGAACCAGAUUAAUCAGUCUUUGAUUAGGUGUCAGUGUUUGUAGGCCACCCCUAUGGUCCCUGUCCACGGCGUCUCAUCGGGCCCUGUGUCCUUAGCUAUGUGUCAUCGACCGUGGUGGGCUUGUGCUGAUUGGUUUAAUUUUUAAGCAAACCUUUUCAAAGUCUGUCAGCUGCAUUACAAUUACAGUGGUUUUGUCUUUUACCAUAUGCUUAUUUAUCCAGGACCUGACCUGUCUGUAUGGGUGCUGUUGGUGGGUUUGCAUGUGAUUACCUUAAAGGGACACUUUAGUCACUAGAACAACUACAGCUUAUUGGAUUUGUUCUGGUGAGUAAGGAAGUGGGCAGCCAUCCAGUUAGAAAUAGCAGACAGGCAGUCAGAAACACUAGUCAAGAGGGACGGGGAGCGAUCAGGAGAGGGCAGGUAGAUUUGCGUGUCAUCUGCAUAGAAAUGAUAUUGGAAGUCAAAGGAGCUAAUGAGUUUACAAAGGGAGGCAGUAUAGUUGGAGAACAGUAGGGGACUUAGGACUGAACCUUGGGGGACACCAAUAGAGAGGAGUUGGGGAGAAGAAGCAAAGCCAGAGAAAGAAACACUGAAAGAGUGCUGGGAGCGGUAGGAGGAGCACCAGGAGAGAGCAAUAUCUUGUAGACUGAUAUUGCAGAGGAUGAGAAGCAGCUGUUGAUGAUCAACAGUGUCAAAAGCUGCAGAAAGGUCAAGGAGAAUUAGGAUAGAGUAGUGACUGCGAGAUUUUGCAGUGAGUAGAUCAUUGAAAACUUUGGUCAGUGCUGUUUCUCCAGAGUGCUUAGCGCGGAAACCAGACUGAAGUGGGUCUAGCAGAGAAUUGGACUCGAGGAAGUCUGUCAAUCUUGCAUACACAACUCUUUGAAGGAUCUUGGAUGCAAAAGGCAGUAGCGAAGUAGGACGGUAGUUGGACGGGGCGUUGGGGUCAAGGAUGGGCUUCUUUAGAAUUGGGGUUACAGUUGCAGUUGAGAGAUCUCUUCCCUGAUUGUAGAGAUCUAGUUAGUGAAAUGAGUUGCAAAGUCUGAGGCGGUCAAGUUAGUAGGUGGAGUAGGUACAAUAGGGCGAAGAAGAGUCAAAUGUGUGAAAUAGUCGUCUGGGUUCGCAGUAGAGUUUGGUUAUCAGGGUAUUGAAGUAAUUUACUUUUGCAGAAGAAAGAGCCAAGCUGUAUGAGCACAGCAUAAAUUUAUAGUGGAGAAAGUCAGAUGCACAGUGAGACUUUCUCCAACAGCGUUCAGCAGUUCUGGAGCAUUUUUGAAGAGAUUGUGUAAGCAAGGUUCUUGCUGCGUUUAAAUGUAGGAGGUGCCAUGAUGUCUAGUUGAGAGGAGAGGGCGGAAUUGUAAAAGAAGGUUGCAGAGCUAGGACAGGCGAGGUUUGAGAUAGGUAAAAGAAGAGUUUGGAGAUUAGAGGAGAAAUGCUCUAGGUCAAGACAUUGGAGGUUUCUGUGAGAUUGAUGGUCAGAUGGUGGUGUCAAUUGGGUGUUAGGUAUGCCGAUGUCAGAAGUCAGCAGAUGGUGGUCAGAUAGAGGAAAAUAAAUACUGGAGAGAUUAGAGGCAGUACAGAGAUUGAGGAAGGCUAGAUCAAGAGUGUUUCCUGCUGUAUUGGUUGCUAAAGUGGACCAUUGUGGAAGGCCAAAGGAGGAGGUUACAGAGAGCAGACGAGAGGCAUCAGUGCAGUUGGGUAUAUUGAAAUCCCCAAGUAUAAGGGAAGGAGUGCUAGAUGAGAGAAAGUGGGGAAAGUAAUUCUUAAAGAAGUGGGUUUAAAUAGGUGGACAGUGUGAACUUCAAAAGAAGAAAAGGAUAGGGCCGGGGGAGUUAUGAUUGGUUGAAAGGUACAUUGAGGAAACAGGAUACCUACACCCCCUCCUUUACAGUUGUGUCUGGGAGGGUGAAAGAAUUGUAGCCCACCAAAACAAAGAGGCAGGAGUAGCGCUAUCAGAGGGGGACAGCCAGGUCUCUGUAAGUACCAGUAAUGUGAGUGAGUUUGAGAUGAAAAAGUAGUGUAUGGCUGUUGAUUUUAAAUUACUGCAGAUGGAGCGGGCAUUCCAAAGUGCAUACUGAAUGUUGGUAAGUGAGGGUAAAGGGCAGGGUAUUGUGAUGAGGUUUGUGGGGUUUCUAGUUUUCUUAGUGUGUGUGUAAAGCAGGUGAAGGGCCCUGGAUUGGGAGACCAGCUGCUAGAAGCAUUGAAUCAAUGUAUCUCUAAGGAACGUUCAGUGUCUCCAUGCAGUGGGUGUAGACAAUGAAUGUUAGUCACACUGUGCAGCACUGCCCCAGUGAGCACCUCUAGCAGACACCUGUUAAGAGAUGGUAUUUAUAUUCAUAAUGCUUAAAAAAAAUCAACAUUUUUAGUUUUUCAUGUAUUUAUUUAUUUUAUUUUUCAGAAGAUUAGUUAAAAAAAAUAGGGAACCUAAAAGGCGAUUAGGAGUAGGAAUGUACUCAUCACAAGUUGUAACAAAAAUGUACUUGAGAAAACAAUUGAGCUCAUGGUCAUUUCAAUCAAAGUACAGUAGCAGACAAGUUCUUAAGGUAUCAUAGUGAGUGCAUGAUGGAUUUAAACUGUGGGAUAAAUGAGAGAAGGGUUUACUAAGUUCUAUUGGAGGUUUGAGAGGCACGGCCAUGGUUUGAUGUAAUCUGGUGAUGUCCGCUUCAGACGAUGUAAGCAUCCAUAUAUGGGGAGCCAACAUUGGGUAGAGGUUAAGUGGCUAGUACAGCUACUAUAUAUAUAGGGAGGAGGAGAGAUUACAAGAUAAGUGUCCACAGCCAUGCAUGGAAGGGGAGAUAGGAUUCAUGAUUUCUUACAAGUUCUGUAGUAGAGUGCUGUUGUCUAGCUACAAAUGUAUUUGUCAUGCAGUGACAUACAUACAAGCUCGUACUAACAUGUCAGCAAAAUUGUAUAAGAUAAGAAUAACGAAAAAGUAACAAUAUAUGUUGAGUAUGCUGCAUAUUUUAAAAAAGUUAACUUUACAGGCUAAAGACAUGGUUCUGACAAGCUAGAUUAUUGAAAAAGCAUCCCACCUCCACUAAACGGUAUCACUUAUCAACAAAACAUGAAUUGAGAUCUUGGCAACGAGACUUAAAGGUCACUGUGGCGGAACCAGCCUCGCCACUGGGCAUUGGAGAAGACUGAUUGCCAGCCUCUUGCCCUGUGACUAUGGUCCCUCUCAUCAGCCCAUGCUAGACUUAAACCCCAUGGCGAUUUGACUGUGUUUGUGGGAUUUGAGCACUCAGAUCCAAGCCAUCUGGGGAUAGGUUGAAUGUGGGGGUUCUGUUCAGUAUGAUAGGAAUUAUGUAUUUUUGUGUAUUUUUGCUGUUGUUGUGAAUAGAGACAUUUUCUGUACAUGGAGAUAAUUGGCUUACCACACCCAGUUAAGCCAAUUAUCUCCAGGAUAGAGGACUCUGUGGAAUUGGUUUUGGCUGGAAAGCCAUGCUUCAGUGGUCACAAAGGACUUAGACCUAACUUUUAAACCAAUGGAAGGAAUUCUGAUUUUUGAGUAUGUUUGUUUGUAUUUGUAGUAUGCUGAUUCUAAAAAUGUAAGUUGUGAUGGAUGUGAAUGUGAUGUAUACUUUUGGAGUUAUGAAUAUUGUGCAAAACUGUGUAUUUUCCUGCCUGGGAUAAUUGUUAGCCCAUUAUGUUCAGUAAUUAUAUCACAGGCAGAGGGGAGGAUUUUGUGUGAGAGUGUCUGAGUGUAUUGUAUGUAUUGAUUGGUUGUAUUUCAAAACCCUGUGGGUGGUACUAUGUUUGUAGAAUGGGCAUAAAAGUAGAGUGUUUGAAUAAAAGUUCAGUUCUACUUCACCCUCAAUUUGGAUAGCCGUCUCUUAUUGGAGGAAUCUGCUACAAGGGAUUGCUAUGCUAGUCAUACUCUCUUGCUAUAAUCACUACAAAGUUCUCUUAAGAGCUUGUUCCUGUUUUGCUCGCUGAAGGAGUCUACAGUGGUUAUGGUGUCUGCUAGAGUGCUUGGAGCCCUUAGGAAGCGCUAGGAGCAUCUUUCAACGGAGGUACCCAGUCGGGGUGCCAGGUGAUCUGUUACAGUCACACUUUCUGAGAGGGCCUGGAACAAACUUUUCGCCUCCUACAAAAAACUCACACUGUGCACCAAUCACGUAGAACUAACUAGAAAAAUAUUAUACAAAUGGUACUUAGUACCAACGCGUUUAUACUGCAUGAGCCCUAGUAUAUCCAACAAAUGUUGGAGAUGCCAAGAAGGGCUCGGCGACAUGCGCCACAUUUGGUGGGCAUGCCCAAAACUAAUAGCCUUUUGGAAAAUUACCCCUAACGACUACCCAAAGACGCACUUGAUCUUCUAUAUCAUAGAAAUACGGCAGUACUUACGAUCCUGAGCAGUAAUUGGAGAAACAAUGUAGCCCCUACGCUGCAAGACUGUAUUCAACUUGUGGAGACAAAUGAUCUGAAAUGACCGCCAGACUUUCUGCAGACCAGAUGAAUAAAAUAUGGCAGAUCGCUUGGACCCACUGGGACUGGGUGACUUCCCCGACCAACCCGCCAAUCCAUUGAACUAGAACUCUCGCCACAUGUGCCUAUUCAACUGUACAAUGUGCAAACGACUACUGUAAAAUGGUAACAUAUAAUUGAUCUACACAUGAUCUCUGAACUACAAAAGACCUCCAAUACUGUUUUGAGGACAUGUAUCCUGGCAUUGAUGUUCCUCCCAUUUACAUUGUAUCAACCAUAUGGAUGUAAUAACUGUUAAUUAUCUACUAUUGUGAACUUGAAAUUUCAUAAUACAAAACAUGAAUUGAGGAAUGGGCUUUAAAAAAACAUAGAAUUUAAGCACUGGGUUGCACAGCCACUUCACAGAAUAUAUAACAAGUAAAAAGAAAAUGAAUGGGGGGGCGGAGCCAGCAGCCAAACAGAGCGGCCACACUUUCCCGAGCUCCGACCUUGGGAUCUACAUUAUUGCGGUAAAACUGCAUAAAACUUACCAGUACCCAACCUCAAGCUGUCACACUGCUACCUAAGGGCACAAUGGGUCGAAAAAACAAGAAACAGAGAGCGGACAGAGGUCCCUUCUGCCACGAUAUUGGUGAGAUGUUGCGAGGCCCUCAAAAACCAACAUGGGACAAAAUGGCGUUGGGAGACGAUGGCUCCUCGUACUCCUCUGAGGAUCUCUCCUACAACCCUGGGGUAGAGACCAGGAUCAAUCAACCAGCGGUGCCUAAAGCCAAGCCACCGGCUGCCGGAGACCCGGUCACAGCCGCCCAACUUAAGGAUAUGCUUUCUGAAUUAAGAGCGAACAUAGCGGCGGACAUGGCCCAUUACAAAGACGCCAUAGAUGGGGCCGUACAUAAAAUAACCCUCCUGGAGGCAAAAACGGACACACAUGACUCAAGGCUCAUCGCGGUGGAACACGCACUGGCGGAGCUCCAACAGAAAAAAAAAGCCAUAGCAGACAGAACUGAAGCCCUGGAGGAGCGCAGGCGGCGCACCAACUUGAAAGUACGGGGAAUCCCAGGCUCAGUGAGUUUGACUGACUUACCGCACUAUAUACGGCGCCUGCUUAAUACCCUACUGCCGCCGAAACAAGCCAAAGCGAUCAAGAUUGAGGGCAUGUUCCGACUGCCGAAGCCGGCGUCUGCACCUGGGGAGGCGACGGCAGACCUGAUAAUCAGAUUUCAAACCUUACAAGACAAGAUUUCGAUCCGUACAGCGGCCCGCGGGCACACCCCUCUUUUGUUCGAGGGAUCCACCCUAUCACUGUUCCCAGACCUCACCAGAGGUACCAUCGCAUGGCGCAAGACUACUGCAGAAACUACAGGCUAAAGACAUUCCUUACCGUUGGGGGUUCCCAAGAGCUCUGUCCUUUACUCACCAGGACUUGACAUACAAAGCUACGACUUUCCAGGAGCUGGAACAUCACCUCCUAAGCCUGAGCUUGAACAGACCAGAGAAGUCAGCCACAACAAGCCUGGCGGGCAUUAACCCUUCAACCGUACCGGAGUUCACCCCCCGUUCCGUGCAACGGAAAACGCACGCCAGGGAAGAAACCUGAACUUUAACGCCUUAGUAGCUGGACUGUCACUCCCAUGUCGGGCCCACAGACGGACUCCACCGUGAACAGACCUUUAAGUUACCGCAAGUUGUCAUUGUUCUUUUUGUUCUUCCUUUUGUUUACCGCUCCUCUCCUUUAUAGUCUUCAUACGUUCCUCCACAAAUAGUUGGUCACCUGGAGUCAUACUCCCUUAAAGUGCACUAUAAUGCACCCUCAGCAACUGGGGACCAACUGGGUCCAUAUCAGGGACCAGCCCUACCUCUCUUACCCCCCCCCCCGGCCCUAGUCAAGGUGAGUAGACAUCACACAUACACCUCAACUCAGGGGUCAUACUCUUCUAUUCUUUUAGGGGCUCUGAUACACAGGCCACUUACUCAAAUGAGAAAACCAUGAGACCCCCUAACAUGUUUCUCACAUGUAAUGCACAUGUCUUCCCCACUCACUAGCACAACCCUGUGCCCCUGGAGAUAUCGCUAACAGACACACUCGUAGCCCAUACCCAAGGCCACACUAAUCUUAUUCUACCAACUCUAUAAAAGUGCUGGACUAUGCCUGCCAUGUCAUUGUACAGUUUGUAUGUAUUGCGCCUGUAUUUGUUGUUGUGGCGAAUCAGGCCAUAUUGUUAUAUGCUGCACGCAAAAAUAAAGAAUAUAAAAAAAAAAGAAAAAAAAAAAGAAAAUGAAUGAGAAUACUCUCCAGACCUAAAACAGAACAUGAAAUCUAUCACAGUAAGCAAGUAUAAUAGACUUUGCUGUAGAGGAUCUGUGAUCUUUUCCUGAGACUGCUUAGCCGAUGCCACGGGUACUAAGGUCCCUUAAGUUUCUUGGUCACCGGUAGUAAGGUCCCUUAAGUUUCUUGGCCAGUUCUUUUCUAAUCCUCUUCUGUUCCUGGCUUCAGCUACAGCACACAGUGAUUAUAGCUCUUUUAGAACCUUGUAAAAAUGCCACAAUGUAACAAACAAGACCAGUCAUAUUGGGUAAAACAAGAGAACUGUUUAUUGCAGAGAAAACAUAUAUAUUUAUACCACUAUAUACAGCAGUGGGUCUUUAGCCAGAACAAUGCUGUAGCGGUACGCCUAGUAGUAGGUUUUCACCGCCAGAGACGUCCUUUUCCCAAGAGUGAGAGGUGCUGUAGUGAUCCCAGAGUCAUCCGUGAAAGAAGCAGGAACAGCUCUUACAAGAGCCAGUUAUUGUAGCGGUUCCCUACAAUAAAAGACAGAACUCAGUAUUGAGGGUAUUGAGGUUGAAGACGUCUGAAGGUUUAAUGGUACAGGCCAGAGGAACACUUGAUGGAGCACCGAAUUCCAAACUGUACAGACCAGUAAGAACAAUGUACCAAUGUCCGACACUCCCACAUACAGCACAAAAUCCUUCCCCUCUGCCUGUGAUAUAAUUAAGGUAGAUAAUGUACUAACUUAAUUAUCCCCAGGCAGAAAAAACGAAUUUUUACACAAAGUAUAGAAAACAACCCAAAGCAUCACAUAUUCCCAUAAAAUCCCCUGAUAGACCUGAUCUGGGUGAACAGCAUAUCCAAAAAUCACCCAGAUCAGAGUAGGGGUUCAGGAAAUUCCUGGAAGUCUUUUUUGACCGACCGCACGCAUGGUUUCAUGCCCAAAACAGUUCCAGAGAAUUAGGCUGUGCGGCCGGUCUAUUUAAAACCGUUGAAAUACCGUUUGAAUUACCGAACGGAAUGGUGAAUGGUCCUAGUUAAAGUGUCUUUUGUUCAUGGGCUUCUAUUCACCGAACGCUGUUUGAAUAGUCAAUGUUCUCUGGAAGGUAACUGUUCAGCAGUGUUCGUGCCGUCUCGUGUCCGAUUUGAGACCCAUGAACUCGACGACAAAACACAGCUGAACACGUUCGACUACAUAAGAUGGCCGCCGCCACGUGUUCAGCUAUACGAAUGGCGGCUACUUCGACACUUUGACUGUAUCCAUAGUUCCAUUUUGCAGAAAGUGAAUGGAAGGGGUUUUAGGUGAACAAACAGAUGAACCAGAAAGGGAAUGGAAGGGGUUUUAGGUGAACAAACAGACAAACCAGAGGAUAGAUUUAUAACCCAGAAACAAAGGAUCUGUCACAAAUGCAAACCACUCCCCGUGUCUUGGACUUAAUUAGAUUAAGACUUAAUAAUUAAAUUAUCUGCUGGACACCAAGACCCAUUUCACAAGAUUUUACACAAUAUAAUUAAAACAAUAGCUUUCAUCCAGCUCAACAUUUUACAUAAUAACACAAUAUACCCCCACUUACUAUAUCUCAUUUUAAAGCUGGUGAUGGAGCCGUAGUCAGUGGGCAGAAGGUUAGCCUUCAAGUCUCUCCAGGAGGCUGUGACAUGGGGGCAUCUGUGACAAUACCUAUGAAGGGAGGCUGCUGAUACCGAAAUACAAGAGUUCACUUUACUGUUGAUGGGGAUCCUACCAUCCGCUGGCACCAAUGCGCUUCUGAAUCUUGUUUUUAGGCCUAAGGUGAAGUCCAGUACCCAGCUCAGGGUCCCUUUGCCUUUCCCAUGCAUGCACUCUUAGCAGGAAUCCUCCAAUGGCACAAAUUACCCCUUUAGUUUUGGCCUCUUUCGGGGCACAGUGUACGAAAUCAGUGGUGGGAUUGAAAGAUCCUCCAGUAGGUCACGUCUCAUCUUCAGCUUCUGCUGCAUUGGCGAGAGACUAUCGAUUGAUGGAGCGAGUUUCAGAUGGGACAAACCACACAAAAAUGCAGUUUUUUUUUUUUUUUUUUUUCACGAACGGAGAUAUAGAUUCUCCUAGAAUUUCACCUAUAUUUGAUCUAAGGCUAGUAUGAACGUCUCCUGGUAGAACAAGUGUGUCUCAUGUGCAGGAGGGUAUUCAGGCCUUUGGACAGCGGCCAUUUUAGGUAGCAGGCCUUCCGCUGUCAGCUUCACACGGCUCUGAGGGUACUCAUGAAGUAUCAGUGCAAGGAAACAGUGGGAACUGAGAGAUCCUUCACCAGUUCAGUGGGGAUAAAGGGGGCAGGGACAAUCAAGCAUAGGUUCGGGCCGAGGAUUGGUCCCAGACUUUCCAUGUUUGGACAACUUUUUAGAGCAUAUAUACAUUUUAUAUAUAACCCCUUUUGGCAUUGCACAGAAUUGUAUACAUCACAGGAAUUUUCUAUUGUCCAGGGACCCUGCAGUUACCCUGCUAGUGGCUAAAAUAACUUUCUGUACUCAUUUCUCUUGUCAGUGAGUCAUGUGAUUUUGAUAGCAAUAGGCCCAGGAGUCCUGUUGGUAGGGUUUGUCAAAUAUGAGGUAUAGGAAAGUCACUUGUAGCCUUAAUGGUUUCAGUUUAAAGCAUCCCCACUUGCAGGUCAGAUGUGUUUUUUUUUUUUUUUAAUGAUUUUUUUUAGUAAACUUAAGGGUUAAAUACCACCUGAAGAACAUUUUGUAUGAUUAUUUGUGAUUUAUGCAUCCCAUAUAUCUAACCGGUCACUCAUUUCAUCAGGUGUGCCCAACUGCUGUUCCCAUGCUCUAAUGAAAGGUAGAGAGACUUGGGUAAAGUGAGCCACCAAAGUCACAGCAUAGUUAUGUGGCCUUUUUUGUAUUGUGUAUGAUAAGUAAGUGCAUUCCAACAAAGUGUGGCAGGCUGUUUCCCGCCUGUUGCACUGCUGUGGAAGAUGCCAUGCAAAGUAGUUAAACAUAGUAGAAAUGGUAAAAUGAGGUAAGAGUGAAAUGAUGGUAAAUAUUGAAAACUCACCCCCUAGCUAUUUGACCUGGUAGGGUAUGCACAUGUUGCAUUUGCAUGUGCUGCACUGCUUGGAAGUAACAAAGUUUGGGAGUCCGAGAUCUCUUAUCUUAGUGGGAACAGUAAGCAUCGUUCUGCAGACUUGUGAUUUCCUACCUUUCCAAAUUAAUUUGUCAAUGUUAGUCAGGGUUACAAAUUGGAAUUUGAGUGGCUGGAAUAGUUCAUGAGCUUUGGGAAGCAAGUAAAUAGUAAUAGAUUCACUCGGCUCAUCCAGGAUACACUGAAGCCUUUUCAACUAUGUACAUCUUCAUGUAUCUUUUCAGUAUGGGGGUAUAAUUGAUAUCCUGUAAAAAGGAAAUUUUAGCCAUAAAUUUUCACCCCUAAAUAAGUAAUAUUAGAGAAGUAUAUUUGGGAUGGGAAUUGUCAUCUUAAGCUGUUAUAGGUUCAUCUAUUUAUUCAGAGAGUGAGGUUCAGAUUUCUCCAGAUUGAGUUUAUAACCCAAGACGUCCAGCUAUUUCUGUAAAAGUGUAAACAGAGCUUUGAUGAUCGUCGGUUUCUCAUUGUCAGAAGGACACUGAGAAAUGCUGCCAUCUUGAGUUUUUCUACUUGGAUUUUAAAACAUUCAACAUCCUGGAGAGAAUGGGCAACUUUGUUGUGUGCUGCUGAGAAUAAGUGCACAAAUGUGUGGGAUCAAUAUGUGAGUAAAUUCCUUGUAAUAAAGAACUGAGUCCUUCCAGCCCAGGGCUGCUAUUGGGCUUGAGAGUUUGCAAAAUGUCUUUAAGUUCUCCAGGAGUGAUCUCUGUAUCGGUUUUUGAUGAGUGAUUCAAUGUGUAGGGAAUUCAGGAAUUAUGUUACGGUAGAUAUGACGGUUACCCCUAUAGAGUGAGGGUAUCUACCGUCUGGACACCCUUUUUCCCAUGGAUGGAGAGCGCUGCAAGGUCCCAACCUGAUAUCCUGGAGAGCUAGUAUAGCUAGAGAGAGCUCUUACAAGAGCUAGCAGUGAUAUAGCAGUUAUAGUUGGUUCCUACAACACGAGACAAGGCUGCAAGUUGAGGGUAAGGAGGUCUGGUUUAUUGAGCAACUUGCAUAUCUUUUCUACACAUUUUCAGGCCAGAGGCACACCCCCUGGACCUGAUGGAACACAGGGACACAAGGAACAUAAAACAAUGGGGACAAUAAUUAGUACUGUAUUGUUGUAGAAAUGUUUGGCCUUUAGACUCUGGGACGUCUGUUAGGUGUUGUCAAGGGGUUCGGAUUUUAGAAAUCAAAAUCAACAUAGUUUGAAAUAAUCUUUCAUACUUAGUAAUUGGUACAGAUAUUGACUGUGUAUUUAAUGCCUCAAGUUUGUGACCAUGAAACUAGAUGCUGAGCAUAUCCACUGGAGAAGGUGUGCCAUGCACAGAUUGUAAGAAUCUGCAUUUACUGUUAUUGAAUUAUUGCAUGGCUCAGCAAUUGAAACACAUUCUUUCUUUGAUUCUUUGCAUUUCUCUUUAUUGAUGUUCAGUGCCUUGCAAAAAUAUACACAUUCAGUUCGUUGUUUCCACAUUUUGCAAUCUUGGAAUUAAAAUGGAAAUUUAUAAUUUUUUAUUGUAAGUAUAGCAAGUUGUACAGAUUGUCAUCAAGUCACAGUUCACUAAAUUUAAAAUGCAACAUUGGUAAACAGUAUGACAUGUAAUAUAUAAGCAUAAGAUAUGAGAAAGCAUCACACAUCCUUAAGUAUCAUACAUACAAGUAUCUGCUUGAAGUUGCACAUUCCUAUACAUUUUCUAGACAUACUGAGAACUUUUUGUUUUUUGAGCAAUGAUGAGUCAUCUGAACUCUGAAUAAUCUCCGGUAGUCUACUGAAUUGAGCUCAGUGAGCCUGCAGCACGGCUCAAUUUCAGGAAGAAUUGAUUAUUGGAUUAUUUCAAUGUCCCAUAGCCUGGAGGAGGUUAUUGGUACCGGUUUUGCAAAGGGUUUGGUUGAAAUGGCCUCUAUAGAGAUACCCAAUGCUGUAAAAAGUUUCUCAGAGUUGCUUGCUUGUGAGAUUUGCAGUCUUUUGCCAUCCUGAAGUACAGAUAGUCUUCAGCCAGGUCCCCAGUAGUAUGGUACUCUCUUGUUCCGCAGGACCUGGGUAACCGCUUUUAUGGAGUGUUGUCCGGUUAGUCGCCCUGGAGAGAAGGAUAAGUUGGAUCCUUCAAACUUGUAG